UUUCUUCGUGGUGGAAGAUGUGUUAAACACAAAAAGUUACUGGAUUACAUAUUUAACAUUACGAAAGUUGGUUUCCUACUCUUUUUUAAGGCCUAAAACAGCACUUUAAAGAGAUGUGGAAUACACUUAACCCUACAUCGAGCUGUUUGUUUACCUCUGAGCAGAAACUCUAAAACGUACGCGUUACGUUGAUCAGUGUUUACUUAUUAUUGAUUGCAUAAUCUGUUUUAAAAAAGUUCAUGUUUUGUAACAUCAUCUCCAAUACAAGUUGUACAGCACGUAUGACCAUAUACAAUGAAGCUGAUGUUGGCUGAAAUUUGUAAAUAUGGAGAAUGUACGAUUGCCAGCAAAAAUUUCGUCGAGGGAGAAAAGCUGUUGAAUGCUGACUAUUUACUCAAAUGUGGUACAUUAACAACACAUAAUGAUAAUGGUUAUGACAUAGUAGCAUAUUGUCGACAAGUCGCAUCGGCAAAUGAAAAACCUCAUGAAAUUAGGGGAAAUAUUAACAUUGAUGGUUCUGUUACAUCUUUUACAUGUUCUUGUGAGGCUGGUUCAAGUGGAAAAUGCAUACAUGUUUUAGCCGUUUUGCUAUUUUGUAGUCGAAACGAUGUUGAUAAAUUGGCUGAUUUUUCAAGCACAGACACCAAAUGCGCUUGGGCAAACUCUGGGACACCCAAUCCAAGUGAACUCAACUCCAAAAUAACUCUGGAACCAGUCACGGCUACUCCAAUAUGUGAGAUCAAAUGUUACAAAGACUCAUACAAGGGUGUUAACUCAAUAGCUUUAACUGAAACCCAAAGAAAUAAUUUACAAAAAAUGAUAAAUUCGUUUAACCCAGGCCAAAGUUCGUUGAGUUAGCACA